AUGUCUACAGUUACCUCCACAGCGCUUCAGAGCGCCUACCCUCCCAUAAUCCCUCUCUCCUUCAACUCCAACCAGCCAAACACCAUCCGAUUAUACCCCCUUUCCAACUAUACAUUCGGAGUCAAGGAGACGCAACCAGAGGAGGACCCUUCUGUCAUAGCCCGGCUGAAGCGCCUCGAGGAACACUACAACGCCCACGGCAUGCGUCGCACCUGCGAAGGCAUUCUCGUUUGCCACGAGCACAACCACCCUCACAUCCUCAUGCUGCAGAUCGCGAAUGCCUUCUUCAAAUUACCUGGCGACUACCUUCGACCCGAAGACGACGAGAUCGAAGGAUUCAAGUCACGACUGGACGAGCGACUGGCCCCAGUCGGUAAGCUAGGCGAGGGCGAGGAACCGGCCAACUGGCAAGUCGGAGACUGUCUCGCCCAGUGGUGGAGACCAAACUUCGAGACUUUCAUGUAUCCUUUCAUCCCCGCGCACGUCACGCGACCGAAGGAAUGCAAGAAGCUUUACUUCAUCCAGCUUCCCAAGAGCAAGGUCCUAAGUGUACCCAAGAACAUGAAGCUACUAGCCGUGCCGCUUUUCGAACUCUACGAUAACACCGCCCGAUACGGCCCCCAGCUCUCUGCCAUCCCCCACCUUUUGAGCCGAUAUAACUUCGAGUUCGUCAACGAGCACGGCGAAGUGGUCGCUGCCACGCCUGGAGCUGGGCCUGAGGCCUUCAAUCUCAAGACCAAGGUCCUUGCCGGAGGCGACGAAGACAUGAGGGACGCCAAGGAAGAGAACGACACCAACUAG